CCUGGAUCUGAAUUGACUCCUGCAGGCAUCAUGGCUAACGAACCCACAAUCCGCCUGGCUACAGAAGAGGACGUGCCCCUUAUUCUACAAUUCAUCAAAGAGCUAGCCUCCUAUGAAAAUGCUCUUCACGAAGUCGAAGCAACGAAUGAAUCCCUCCUAGCAACCCUGUCUUUCCCAGGAAGUCAACCAAAGCGGGGCUCCGUGUACACUGCUCUUGUCACUCCUCCGGCAACCGCCGAGAACCCCUCCCCUGUCCCUGUAGGGAUGGCCUUGUUUUUCUAUAACUAUUCGACGUGGCGCUCGGCACCGGGCAUCUAUCUUGAGGAUCUGUAUGUGCAGCCGCAUGCGCGGGGGAAGGGAUAUGGGUCCCGGCUUCUGAGGUACCUGGCAGGCAAGGUGUUGGAGAUCGGAGGGAGAAGACUCGAGUGGAGCGUGCUCACGUGGAAUGAGCCGAGUAUUAAAUUCUAUAAGCAGAUCGGAGCAAGAGCGAUGGAUGAGUGGAUGAAGAUGAUGGUUGAGGGGGAUGCGUUGAGUAAACUGGCUCAGCAGUAGGCUACCCGUUUGAAUGAAACGGAAUGAAACGGGAUGAAAUGACAAUAAUGUCCUCUCAUAUAAUUAGUUGAGAUCUCGUUUCAAAUGGUCUACCUAACUCGGCAGUCAAUAGAUCUCGGGUCACGGGAACGCAAAAACAGCACUAGAUGCGUUCUAGGAAUAAUACCAGGGCUAGGGUUCAC